CUAACAAUAUAUACAUACACAAAGAGUGAUACAUAUAUAUAUAUAUAUUCAUGUAUACAACGGAGAUGGAGAAGAAGAUGAUGAGUUACGUCGUCGUUUUGAUCGUUUUGUGUUGUGGGGUUACUCCGGCGAGAUCGGACGGUUCCGAUCAUAAGUACAAGGCCGGAGAUCAGGUUACUAUGUAUGCUAACAAGGUUGGUCCUUUCCAUAAUCCAAGCGAAACGUACCGAUUCUUUGAUCUUCCAUUCUGUGCACCAGCUCAUGUGACUGAGAAAAAGGAAGCUCUUGGUGAAGUCUUAAAUGGUGAUCGAUUGGUCAGUGCUCCUUACAAGCUCGACUUUAUGUACGACAAGGACUCAGAAAUAGUGUGCAAAAAGAAGUUAUCGAAGGAAGAAGUUUCUCUAUUCCGUAAUGCCGUUGCCAAGGACUAUUACUUCCAAAUGUAUUAUGAUGACUUGCCCAUUUGGGGUUUCUUAGGGAAAGUCGAUAAGGAGGGAAAAACAGAUCCCAGCGAGUACAAAUAUUACCUGUUUAAACAUCUCCAUUUUGAGAUCUUUUACAACAAUGAUCGUGUGGUUGAGAUCAAUGCACGAACUGAUCCUAAUGCCUUGGUUGAUAUCACAGAGGAUAAGGAAGUAGAUGUUGACUUUAUGUACUCUGUGAAAUGGAAGGAGUCAACUACUCCUUUUGAGAAGAGGAUGGAAAAAUACUCACAGUCAUCAUCAAUGCCACAUCACUUGGAAAUCCAUUGGUUCUCAAUUAUCAACUCCUGUGUGACAGUUCUUCUCUUAACUGGUUUUCUCGCAACAAUUCUUAUGCGCGUUCUUAAGAAUGACUUUGUCAAGUAUGCACAUGAUGAGGAGGCAGCUGAUGACCAAGAAGAAACUGGGUGGAAAUACAUUCAUGGUGAUGUUUUUAGGUAUCCGAAGUACAAAUCGUUGUUGGCUGCUGCUGUUGGUUCUGGUACCCAACUCUUUACAAUGACCAUCUUUAUUUUCAUUCUUGCACUUGUUGGUGUUUUCUAUCCUUACAAUCGUGGAGCUUUAUUCACUGCACUGGUUGUCAUAUAUGCUCUCACGUCUGGGAUUGCUGGCUAUACUGCAUCCGCUUUCUACUGUCAACUAGAAGGAACAAACUGGGUCAGGAACUUGAUAUUGACUGGGGCAUUGUUUUGUGGACCGCUGUUUCUCACAUUCUGCUUUCUUAACUCCGUUGCUAUCGGCUACACUGCCACUGCUGCGCUACCUUUUGGAACCAUCAUGGUCAUUUUUCUAAUAUGGGCUCUUGUAACAUCACCUUUGCUCGUAUUGGGAGGGAUAGCUGGAAAGAAUAGUAAAUCUGAAUUCCAAGCUCCUUGUCGUACCACCAAGUAUCCAAGAGAGAUACCGCCAUCGCCUUGGUACCGUGGAACUCUGUCUCAGAUGGCAAUGGCUGGGUUUUUGCCUUUUAGUGCCAUAUAUAUUGAACUUUACUACAUAUUUGCAAGUGUUUGGGGUCACAGAAUUUACACAAUUUACAGUAUCUUGUUUAUAGUCUUCAUUAUCCUUCUAAUUGUCACCGCUUUUAUAACCGUGGCAUUGACAUACUUCCAACUUGCUGCUGAAGAUCACGAAUGGUGGUGGAGGGCUUUCCUUUGUGGUGGAUCAACUGGACUGUUCAUCUACGGAUACUGCUUGUAUUACUAUUAUGCACGUUCCGAUAUGACAGGGUUCAUGCAAACCUCAUUCUUCUUCGGGUACAUGGCUUGCAUCUGCUAUGGUUUCUUUCUCAUGCUCGGGUCUGUUGGUUUCCGUGCAGCCCUAUUCUUUGUCCGUCACAUAUAUCGAUCGAUCAAAUGCGAGUAAAGUUGUUGUCUGUGGUCUUCUACAUCUCACAGAUUGCUUUCCAGAUUUGGUAAAGGCCACAAUCAGGUGUCAAAUAGGAGCAUGUAGGAGAAUUCAUUUUCUUGAAAAGAAGCUUGUAUUAUCAUACAAUGACAAAUUUUUUUCAUAUAUAACUAGGCAUUUUUCAUUUGCAGCUCAAAA